CUCGAGGACUCUGGGAAACGGUUGUCACACACCUUCUCUCUCUCUCUCUUGCAAUACUUGUUUUAGCUCUUUACCCGUUGUGAUCACAAAUUAAAACCCGUUCGUCAUGUCUACUACGAAUGCGGAGGACGAUACACCCGUCUUGGAAUGGCCGAUGGAAAAGGUUCGCGAUACGUUCAAGAACUAUUUCGUGGAACAGCACGGACACGUCUUUUGGCCUUCGUCGCCGUGCGUCCCCGUCGAUGAUCCCACUCUACUCUUUACCAACGCCGGAAUGAAUCAGUACAAGCCUCUAUUCUUAGGAACCUGUGAUCCCAAUCUGGAAAUGUCCAAACUGACCCGCGCCGUCAAUUCGCAAAAAUGCAUUCGUGCUGGAGGCAAACACAACGAUCUCGACGACGUCGGGAAGGACGUCUACCAUCACACCUUUUUCGAAAUGCUCGGCAACUGGUCCUUUGGUGAUUACUUCAAAGCUGGUGCCAUUGAUAUGGCCUGGCAGUGUUUGACCGUCACCUUUGGACUGGACCCGGAACGACUAUACGCCACUUACUUUGCCGGAGACGAACUCACCCCGGUCGACGAAGAAGCACGUCAACUGUGGUUGCGAUACCUCCCCGACGAUCGCGUACUCCCCUUUGACGCCAGGGACAAUUUCUGGGAAAUGGGUGCCACCGGACCCUGCGGACCUUGUACGGAAAUUCAUUACGAUCGAAUCGGUGGACGCGACGCCUCCAAACUCGUCAACGCCGAUUUGCCGGAUGUGAUGGAAAUAUGGAAUGUUGUCUUUAUUCAAUACAAUCGUGAAGCCGAUGGUUCCCUCCGUCCACUCCCGGCACAGCACGUGGACACCGGGAUGGGAUUCGAACGCCUGACGUCAAUUCUCCAGAAUGUCGAUUCCAAUUAUGAUACCGAUAUCUUCAUUCCACUCUUUACCGCAAUUCAGAACAUUACGGGCGCCCGUCCGUACGCCAAGAAGGUCGGCAAGGAGGAUCCGGAAUACAUUGACAUGGCCUACCGUGUGGUGGCCGAUCACAUUCGAACCCUAUGUUUCGCCAUUACCGACGGUGCCGUUCCCAGCAAUGAUGGUCGUGGUUACGUGCUCCGACGCGUCUUGCGUCGUGCGGUGCGGUACGGCCGUCAAAAUCUCGGAGCCGAACUCGGGUUUUUUGCCAAACUCGUUCCAGCCUUUGUUGACGUUAUGGGAUCGGCGUUCCCGGAAGUGGUGGAAAAGCAAGAAUACGUCACGGGAAUCAUCCAGGAGGAAGAAGAAUCGUUUUCGCGAACGCUCGAUAAGGGCUUGCAAAAGUUUAACGAAUUGGCCGAAAAGGUGGGAGCGGACCAGAUCUUUUCCGGUGCCGACGCGCAUUUCUUGUACACUUCCAUGGGAUUUCCCGUCGACUUGACUGAACUCAUGGCGGAAGAGAAGGGCAUGACACUUAAUAAGGAAGAGUUCGAAGCCAAAAUGCAGGAAGAGCACGAUAUUUCGCAAGCGGCACAUUUGGCAAAAAUGGCGGGUGGCUCCGGAAAGGAUAUGCGUCUGGUCGCCGAGCAGACAUCUUAUCUCGUCGGCCAGAAUAUUAGUGCCACGGACGACGCGGCAAAGUAUGUGUGGCACGAGGAGCUGGCUGACUGUGUGGUCAAGGCAUGCUUUAUUGGUCGCAACGAGACGGAAGACAUGAUUGGAUUCGUCGGUAGUAUUUCUCCAGAAAGCAGUGCCGUUGGUAUCGUCCUGGACAAGUCGAGCUUCUACGCCGAAGCGGGUGGACAGGUUUACGAUGUUGGUACCUUGACUUCAUCGACUGGUGCCGUUGUCAAAAUUACGAACGUGCAGGCGUAUGGACAGUUCGUCCUACAUCUUGGUGAGGUCGCAUCCGGAACGCUGUCGGUUGGCGAUACUGUCAAAUGCAGCGUUGACUACGUCCGUCGUGCCCCAAUCGCUUCCAAUCAUACAAUGACGCAUGUCCUUAAUCACGCGUUGCGAGAAGUCCUUAUCAAACGACCAGAAAAGGAAUCGGGCAAGACAUCCACUUUGACCGUCGACCAAAAGGGAUCGCUGGUGGACGAAACAAAACUGCGUUUUGAUUUCUCGUGGAGCGGCCAGUUGACGCCGGAACAGUUGGCGGAAGUCGAAAAACUUUGCAUGGAUCGCAUCGUAAAUGCAGUUCCCGUGGAUGCGUACGUUGCACCGUUGGGCGAUGCGCAGCAGAUUAGUUCGCUGCGUGCUGUUUUUGGUGAAAAAUACCCCGAUCCCGUACGAGUGGUUGCCGUUUCGGAUCAUGCCGUUCCAGAGAUGCUUGCCAACCCACAAGACAGCCAGUGGAAUGAAUAUAGUGUCGAAUUUUGCGGAGGAACGCACUUGACGAACACCAAAGAAGCGGAAGCCUUUGUUUUAUUGGCCGAAGAAGGAAUUGCUAAGGGAAUUCGGCGCAUUACGGCCAUAACUACCGGUGAGGCUAAGAAAGCAAUCGCUCUUGCCAACGAAUUUGAGAGCAAACUAACGGCUGCAGAAGUAGUUCAAGGAGACGAUUUGGAAAGCACUGUAAAACAACUUUCUGCCGAAUUGGAUGGAUUAGAUAUUGCCGCCGUGAAGAAGAUGCAGUUCCGUGAACAACUCGCCACCAUGACAAAACAGGUCUUGGCGUACAAAAAGCAGAAGCUUGCGGGCGGCAGUAAAGUCGUCAUGCGUUUCGACUUUGGUGUGGAGGGCAAGGUUGCCAAGUCGGUUAUGACCGCCUUCGGCAAACAAGUCAAGGAUAAGGCUUUGCUGUUGGUUACGGCAGACCCCGAAGCUGAUCGCUUCAUGGUUAUUGCGGGCGCACCUAAGGCAAUGAAAGACUUGAAUUGUAAAGCAUGGAUUGAGGCGGCAACUGACGGCCUAGACGCCAAGGGCGGAGGCAAGCCCGACAGCGCUCAAUAUCAAGUAUCCGGAGUAGAGGCAGUUGACACUGUUUUGGAGAAGGCCAGAAAAUUUUAAAAACGGAUGAUGAUAGGUCGUAGUAUUUCGUUAACAUUGUGAUGCCAUAUUAAGACGCCACUUUAUUG